AUGGGAGGCGCCUUGGAAAGGCGUCAUUUGCACUUCAGCACUGUAGAAAAAGGAAGGGGGGUGGGCAAAUAGGGUAUAGCUAAGAAGUCAUAGAGGUUAGAAACAAAGAUGUGACAAAAGGAGCAAGGCUAAGGACAGGGUAGAAAGAAAAAGUCACCGGGACCUGAAGUCAGUCUAUCUGACUAGAAAUCCUCAAGGAGAGGAGGCGGGGUUCAGAGACAAACUGGUCUUAGCUGAUCCGGUCUUCAGCUUCCCGGGCCGGGAGUCGCAGACUGGCCUGGGAGGCCACACCCAGGGCCUGGCAGUCCCGCGCUUUUCCGAGAGCAAUAGGAGUUUCCUGCACGAACUGGUGAAAGAACCAACGUAUGAAUGAUCCUCCUGCCAGGAUGGGGACCCCGGAAUCCCAGGGGUUUGUGCCUUUUACGGACUGCCCCCGCAGCCAGCGGGACCCCGGGUCCUCUCGGUGCGAGGUGGGGCGCGAGACUCCCCUGGCUCCCGGCGCCCGGGAUCCCGCACCAGCGGUGGCCAGCGGAAGCCUGGGCGGCUCCCAGGACUACAGGUCUGAAGGUCCAGCCCUCGGACCACCAGCCAGAGAGAAUUUGGAUUGUGAGUCCUGGGUGCGAGAGAAAGUGCUCUUUCUUCUGCACCCAGAAAGGUGGCUGGGGACUCAAGCGAACCCUGCAGGCGGAGACGUGGUCGGUGAGGAGGAACUUCCCCAGGCGAGCGGAGAGAACCACGACCAGGAACCCGACUGCUCUUCUCUCUUUCAAGGACAAAAGAGAAUUUCUGGCAGGCGAAUUAUCGCUCCUUCUGGAGUUCAGCCGCGAGACCCUGCAGCGCCACCCAAAUCUGUACUUGUGCGGGUCGUGGAUUAUCAGGCGACGCAAGAAGUGCUGCGGACUGCAUGGACGAAGGGUCGCAUGACCACGAGGACCGAGGAGCACUGCAUGACAGCGGUCACUUUUCGCACCAACAGAGAGUGAGACAUCGGGACCCCUGCCGAACCCCAGGCCCUCCUGAACCCCAGAGGCACCCAGCGUCCACGCAGGGCAUAGAGGAUGUUUUCACCGCCAGCGAGGACCUGAUUCCAGAGCAGAUUACACUGCGCAGAGGAACCUGAGGAAUGUUCCGGCAUCCUGGAUGAGCGAUAAUCCUUGAAAGAAAAUGCUGUUCCGGGGUCCCAACUUGCAAUUAACCGAUGGGAAGAAACUUGUAAGAGGCUGGCGGGAGCUGCGCUGCAUGGAGGCAGUGGGCGCCCAAAGUAGCUUGAAGAUCUGUAAACCGCAGGACCUCUGUGGCUGAAGUACCGUGAGGUUGUAGGGACCUAAGUCAUUGAGUUCGAUAGAAGGUAUUUUCAAAUUGGCAGAAUGCGGGAGCUUCGAAAUAAGAAAAUCGUUUUAAUUCGCGUUUUGCAAUAGCUCUUUUUUUGUGCCACCUUCGCCUCCCCUUUAAGGCCUAAAAGCUGAAGUGAAGUUUGAGAUCUGCUCCCCAGGAAGUUCAUAGAUAUCCUGAUCCUGGCAGAAGGCUAUUGUCAUGUGUGCAGGGAACCUGAGGAAACUUUUCCCAUUCACAAGUGUCCUGAGAGUGCAUCCAAAGUGAAACUUAUCCUCAAUGCUAAGAAAUCUCUCAGAAUGGCUGGGUCUUAGCUCUUUGAUCUUACCUCCACCUCAAAGAAAAAUCUCCUCACUUAAAAUUGUAUUAGGUGGAUGAAUUGCAUCAAAAACUUCCAGAAGCCACUUGGCCAUUUGAGGGACUAUAAGACAAAUGUCACAGUCACAUGAUCACCAUGGAUCAGGCAAAUGUCCACCUCUCAAAACCCUUAUCUACAAUCUUUGUCACUUUGGAUAGUCAUUACUGGACUGCAGCUUUUAUUCUUGUUGGAGGACAUCACCAGUGCUUGGUGCUUAAACUUGAUGUUUAAGCUUAAGUUUUUUAAACUUAAAAAACAAGAAGGAAGAAAGAGCUUUCUAUUAAAAGUUUACUCAUGCCAAAAAUUUGAUGAGUACUAUUUAAUGAGGAAAAAGAAAAACAGAAUAAAAAAGGCCUGGCACAAUGGCACACGCCUGUAAACCCAUUGGUUUAGGAGUCUGGGGCAGGAUGAUUGAGAGUUCAAAGCCAACCUCAGCAACUUAGAGAUCCUAAGCAACUCAGUAAGAUCCUGUCUCUAAAUAAAAUAUAAAAACAAAAAGGGCUGGGGAUGUGGCUAAGUGGUUAAGCACCCCUGGGUUCAAUCAAUCCCUGUUGCCAAUCAGUAAAUAAAUAAGGAAAGAAAGAAAGAAAACAAAACAAAAACUGGGAGCAGUGGAGAAGGUCUGUAAUCCCACCACCUGGAGGCUGUAGCAGAAUGACGGUAAAUUCGAGGCCAGACUCCCCCAUUUAGCAAGGCCCUAUCUAAAAAUAAAUAAAAAGAACUGGGGAUGUAGCUCUGUGAUAGAGUACCUCUGGAUUUAAUUUUAGGACUGAAAAAAAAAAACAAAAAGGAAAAGAAAACCAAAAUUUUCCCAUGAUUCUAAAACUUUUGUAAUAUUUGGUAUGUUUUCAUUAUGGUUUUAUUUCAAUCUAUUUUUAUUUGUAUAGAUAUGUAUGCUAUUCUAGCAUAAACUAAAUAGUUUUACUUUUCUGGGUAUGGUCUUCACAUGAACUAACAUACACAAGGUAUGGUUUGUGAACCAACAACAAUAUGCAAAAUCUCAGGCCCACUCCAGAUCCACUGAGUCAGAUUUAGUAUUUUGAAAAGAUCUCUGAUGAUUCAAGUUAAAAUUUGACAAGAUUUGACAUAUCCUUCAUCCUUAGUUCUGAGUCUUAACUUUGUUACUUAUCAAAACUAAGAAAACUUUAUUAUUUCUCUAUUUCCUACUAAUAAUUAGCAGUGCCAUGACAAUAAUAGUUUGUAGAAUUAUGGAAACAUUUAAAGUUCAUAGUAGAAGUGAAAUAUAGUAUAUAGGGACUUUUUAAAUUGGCAAAAGGCUUUCUAAAAAGCAUGUUAUGUCUUUUUAAAGAGCCUUCUUAUUCUAAAGUGUUCCUAAUGAACCGUUGAUUGAUUACUGGGUUUUAAACUAUUUCAGAAACGAAGUUCCUUCAUUAUCUAAGAAUGUAAAAUAAUAUGUUCUCCAAAACCCCCUAGGGGAGGAAGGGCAGGAAGUCUUAAAGACAGCUCAAUUGCAACAGGUCUGCAGGCUGAGUCAGGACCUGUGAGCUACUCUUGAUGCAUUGUGAGGGGGUGGGGUAAAGGUGGAGACUGAAUUUGAAUCAACUAACAGGUAAGAAAACAAAGGGCUGUGACUCUUGAACACCCUGACAUCUCCAAAACCACAGACAGGACUUCGCUCUUUAAUUAGGGAGGGCAAAUCUUUGUUAAUUUACUUUUCUAGAUGAAGAUAAACAAACACAGUCCAGGUUACUUUGAGAGAGUUAUGAUCGGUUAUUAGGUAUUAUGCAGUCAACAAUUGCCAACAAAACAUGAGACUUGAUUGUAUUCAAAGCAAGAGUUGAAUUUAAAAUCAAACUCCGAUUUAUAAAUUUAAAAUACAGUAACAAUUAUUUGAGGAGAGUACAGACUUCAUAAAAACAGAACAGAAGCUGUGUGUCCUGAACUUGGUGUGGUAUGGCUGGCUUGCCACCUAUGCCUGUAGUCAGCAAGGAAGCAAACGCAGGGGUCACAGGACCCUAACCUUUCUUUUCUUAGAGCUUUAGAAAACUUGCUAAUGUUUUUUUAAAAAAUAUAUAUCUAUAUAUUUUUUUAGCUUUAGGUGGACACAGUAUCUUUAUUUUAUUUUUAUGUGGUGCUGAGGAUCGAACCCAGUGCCUCAUGCAUGCCAGGCGAGCGUGCUACUACUUGAAGCAUAUCUCCAGCCCAAACUGGCCACUGUUAAUGUUCUCUGCUGGCCCCAGCUGCCUGCCAGUUUUACAACUCAGGACUGUCUUUCUCUGGGGCUUAGGAGCCAUCCUUUGAAAUGUAAUCAUUAAGGAAGUUAGGGCCCCAAAUCCCCAGUGUUUGUGGAAGAGAAAGAGUCCAACAUUUAUCUGUGAAGUGUCAAUUAGCAAAUACAGAUGGCCUAACCACAUUAGCCAACCUCCUACUUUCUCAUUAAUUUAACCCACUGCUUAAAAACUCUCCCAUCAUUUAUUUCAAAGGAAUUGAGUUCGGUUUCUCUUCCCUAACGGCAUAGUCUUGAGUAAAGUCUCCCUUUGCUUACCUCUGUCCUGUGAAAUUUUUUCUUCUACAAUAGUGAAAAAAAGAAGCAUUUUGAGUGUGGACUGAUGGAAUCCUAUUGGCAUGAGGAAGCUGGAGGCCAAAUAUCUAGAAGGGCAGAUGGUAAUGAUAUUGGGUUCAAUCUCAGCUCCUUUUAUGAUUGAUUUAGAGUUUUUUCUCAGACAAGUCUUGAGUUGGAAGGGUGCAAAACCACAGGAAUGCUGACAGUCAUUGACCAGGUUUUGCUCUUUUGGACUGAUUCCUGCAAAGGCUGUCAUUGGCUUCUUAGGCUAGUUGCCGAAAAAGUUGUAGGUUGGCAUUUUGCAGUAAAUAGUGUCAACCUCAUAGGGUUUGUUUUCUAGGAUUAAGUUAAAUGAAAAAUACUUUGAACAGUGCCUGGCAUAAAAUAAAUACUCAAAAUUAACCAUUAUUAUUAUUUAUAAUAUUAAUGUUGUUAUUGUUUACUUCAUUUUCCUCUAAACCAAACUUUAGUCUUUAAUGACAAAGAGCAGAAGAUUUAUAACACAAGAAUAUCAAACUUAAGCCAGAAUUUUUAUUAAGUCUCUUUUCUUUAUUUUUUCAAAUGUUAACAUGUCUGCUCUGGCCAUUGUCCAUUUAUAGAUUCAGCCUUUCUCUAACUUUGUGUGUAUGUAUGUGUGUGUUUGUGCAUGUCUGAAUGUACAUUCACAUGCACUAGAUUUGGAACCCAGGGCCUUGCAAACGCAUAGCACACUGUCUACUAAACAGCUACACUUUCAUUUGCAUUAAUUUUAGAACAAUCUUGAAGUUAUCCUUAGAAACCAGAAGACUCAGUUACAGAAUUCUGGGAGAUUUAGUCACAGAAUUCUUCUUUGACAUGACCACGUUACACAUAAUUGCUUAGAAACAUUCAGAUCAUCGCAUUGCAAGUCAUUUCUUUAUGGAAGUGAAGUAUGCCUUGAUAUCCUGUCUGUUAGCACCCAAAAUACUGUCCAAAGGAUUAGUGCCACCUUAGUGGACCUGAUGUAAGGCCUGCAUAGAGUCUACCUAGGCAUGGAACAUUAUCCAGUGGCCACUGAAGUUAUAGGGCAGUAAACCUAAUCUUAAAACAGCAUAUCUUCCCUCUGGCUCAAAACUCUGAAUGUUAAAGCUGCUUUGUAUGCCCAUUGGACAAUCCUCAGGUAUAUGUUCUGCUUUAUGACUUUGAACUUGUUUUGAGAUUACUAGGCACCUAUAAAAGUAGGUAUGAUUUAAAACCCUGAAUUCAACUUACUUGGGAAAGGAGUAAGCAAUAUAGGGGGUAUCAGAGAACUUCCCAGGGAGGGCUUCUGAAUGCUGUCAACUUCUUUAAGGAUUCUCCUACAACCUGUAUCCUUGUCUCAGAAGCCCAGAGCAUAUCCAUGGACUUCCCAGCCAGCCUCAGUGUUGACUCAGAUCCUGGACCUUAUAAGGAUUCAGGAUAUAGUCUUACCAUCCCAACAGACUGAAAAAAUAUACAAAUUUAUAAUGAGAUAAUCUUGUAAUAAAAUCGGUCAUAAUUCUCCUCUUUGGGUGUUAUGUUGGAGAGGAAGAAAGGGUAUUCUGACUUAUAUUCAGUUGGAUGCCAAGGUUUAGGCAAUUGAAGGGGAUGGAGAUUCCCAAAUAAUAAACAGUAAGUACUGCAUUGUCUUUAGACAUUUUCAAACAAUGAUAAAGCCAGACUAAAUAUCUGCUUUUUAUUAUUACUAUGUGUUUUAUGAUAACAUACUUUUCUCCUGGUCAAAAAAAAAAAAAAAAAAACUAUUGUUGAUCUAAAUUCUAAAAAACCUGCAAUUGUUGUUUGAAUUUUAAUCACAAGGGUAUAAGCUUCAAAUCAGUAUAUUUUAAUUUUCCUUUACUUUUUUUUUCUGUGUGAAUGCUUGAAGAAGUCUUAUUGUUGUCCCCCAGUACCUCUGUCUUACUGUCCAUCUCUCUGCAACAUAAUUAUACACACACAGACUCAGCUAUCUGCGUUUAAGAGUAAAUUCCUAAGAGUUUACAAUCUUUCAAGCGGGCUUUGAAUUCACUUUAUGUCUCCAACCUUUCUCUAUUUCUGCAUUUCAAGAGUAGAUUCAAAAUAAACAACAACACAGCUAUUGUAUGACAGUCUAUGUAACUAUGGAAUGCAAAAUUUACAAUACAGAAACAAUUAAAUAUAAUAUUUUGUUUUAUAAGUGCCAAUUGAGUUCGCCAGUAAAUUACUGAUUUGAUAUAUCUUUAACAUAAAAUUUAUUCUUUUUUAUUGUUAAUUAUUUUAAAAUUAAAGUGUUAAUUAAGUAAAUAAAACAUUACGUGAGUAGUAAAAUUUAGUUGCUUCUUUUGCAGACGUUUCAGUUAUAUUAAUGUUUACUUAGUCACUACUUCACAAUUAUGUACAUUAAAUGAUGUUAUAUCAGAUUCUCACCAAAGGUUCAAAGUUAUUUGUUUUUCUUUAUGAUUGUGACUAAACAUUAUUUUCUCAUCUGCUUCUGGUAACAGACACACCAUGUGUGCCUCUGCCAAUAUUUAAUCACAAAGUCAUAAAAAUGGAAGGCUGACAGGGCUGUAACUAAAACUUAGAUUUUCUGAUCUCUAAUCAAAGCUGUUUCUAUUAUUCCCUAUGGAAGAGAAAGAAGUUCAUUAAUUAAUUUUAACUUUGGAUUCAGAAUUUAUAUAAUUUUUAAAUUAAUUAAUUA